AUGGAUGGCGAUGCAGGUGUUAAGAACAAAUACUCAACUUUACCUACCAAAGAAACCCUCACCAACAACCACCACUCACCACCACCGAACAACCCAAACGAUGUGAAGACAGCAGAACACGAGGACAACAUGGAAUCCAGUGUGGAAACUAAAUGGAGUUGGGUGGUGUUGGUGGUGUGCAUGUUGGGCACCACCAUCAUGGGCAGUUCCUUCGUCUUGUUCUCGCUUCUCUAUCGCGACCUCGUCGAGGACUUCCAAACCACGUCAGCCGCCGUCGGCUGGGUCGGCUCCCUCUAUGUCGCUUGCUCCAAUGUUUUAGGAAUAAUUUUUGGGUUGGCCAUGGACAAAUUUGGCUGCCGAAAAGUGUGUGUGUGUGGCUCGCUCCUGUGCACCUUAGGAUACUUCUUAUCCUUCUUCGCAACCAAUCUCUUCUAUCUCUAUUUCACUUACGGAAUCAUGGCUGGAACGGGUUUGGGCAUGAUAGUGACGACGUGCAACAUCAACUCGAUGAAGUACUUCGACCGGAGGAGGCCGUUGGCCGGUGCGCUGGUCAGUGGCGGCUUCUCCAUCGGCUCCAUCCUUGUCGGGCCCGUCAUGAAGUACAUUUUUGAGGCGUACAAUUGGCGGGGCUCCUUCGUCAUAUUCGCCUGCCUAACUCUGCAGAUGACUGCAGCGGCUGGUUUUGCAUUCAGACCCGUAGAAAAUUUGAGUUCAAAGAAAAACAUGAAAAAAGUGAAAGGCGUUCGUGAACGUGAUGAAAUAAAACUAAAAAAUGAAAAAUGUCUCCCGAAAUUCAAUGAAGAUUGCAUACAAAACGAAGAUGACAUCAAAGUUUUCAAAGAAAAAUUUUUAAAAACAAGAUCUCUAUACAACAUCUUCUACCCAGCAACUUUUGGAGAAGAAACAAGCGAUAGAGAAAUUGACUUUUCGUUAGCAGCAUCAAAAAAGUAUAAAAGUCUCGAUCUGCUUAAAAGUCAUCCAACUUCAAAUAAAAACAUUGUUAGCAGAUCAAUAGCCAAGUCGCUGAGCAAUUCUAACUUCAAUCACCUUCAAGCCGAAACAACGAAGAACACGAAUUCAGUGAUGACUUUUGAGAGGCAAUCGUUUCUGCAGCUGCUGACGAGCGCAGAUCUGUUCUGCUACCUGCUGAGUUGUUUGUUUCUGUAUGUCGGUGCGCAGGCCUACAUGCAGCACAUGCCGAGCAGGGCUAUCUCCCUCGGCAUCGACCGCUCACUCGUCCCCUACUGGCCCGUCACCUACAACGUCGUCGCUGGCCUCAUGAAGACGACGAUCGAAGCCUCGGAAUCUCCUGAUGGCGUCCAAAUGAGCAGGUGUAAAAAGUUUCAACCUCACCGCGCAGUGGAAAGUUUUUUGAAAAGUCGAUUAAAAAAUUUUUACUGUAGAGACGAGCAUGUGAGUGGGGUCAUCGCCAACCGACCAAAUGUCAACCGAGGAUUAAUAUUUUCAAUGGCAGUUCUUGGAAUGGGUCUGUGUCAUCUGUCCCUGCCCCUCUUCCGCUCCUUCGUCAUGAUGGUCAUUCACGGCUGCCUCGUUGGCUUCUGCUCUGGGUUUAUAUUCAGUUUGUUCAUAACCAUCGUGGUGGACAUGAAGGGGGUGGUGAACGUGACGCGGACCCAACCGAUGACGACCUUCAACUUCGGGGUGGGAGCCCUCAUUGGCACGCCCUUUGCAGGAUUUUUAUUUGACGUCACGGAGAAUUAUGACGUAACAUUCAUCGUGACUGGCACCAUUUUGUUGUUUGGAAGUUUUUGGAGCUUCGUGUCGGUGGUGCUUCGGGGCAGGGCAAGGAGAAGAAUGGGAGGGGUUGUGUCUGCGGGGGCUCCAAAUCAUCCUUCAGCAGUUUAA